GUUAUUUGUUGAAGUGAUGUCUAAAUUCAGACUAAUUGUCAGAUAAUUAUUAUUAUUUGUUAGUUUUUAUGUCAAUUAUUAAUUGCUAUUAGAUUUAAGUAUUGUUUUGUUUUUUUGUUGAGUUAUUUGAGUUAUAUUUUUGGCAAUUAUUUAGACGUCUAUUUGAAUAGAGAUUAUAAUCAGAAGAAUUAGUUCGAGUGAUAAGUCAAAGACGACCACCACUUAAAUGAUAUGAUGGAGUCUUCGGCCACAAUAGUGCCACAAAUGUCGUCAACAGUGCCGACAGCGGCUGUGCCCACACAUUCGGGUCAGUCAUCGGCCGAUGGGUGUGUCUUAGAGACGACCACAACAGUCAACACGAGUGCCGAUCCCUACAAUGGCCUCAACUGCGAACCCAAUGCCUCUCUAAUGCUAUUCAAUCAAAAUAAUAACCAAUUGUUGAAUACAAUGAUCGUUGAGAACAGCUAUAAGUCGGACGAGUCGUUAACAGAGAGGCAGUCAACAGAUUUGACGUUUUCGGAUCUGACGCCUCCCGUCCCUAAUAUAUCACAACUUGAGUCCAACCAAAUCAUGCAGAACUCAGACCCCUCUCAGCCCACAUUUGAUGGCGUGUCCGGUGCUGUACCCCAACAUCAGAUCCAACAGAUGAAUACAAUCGCUACCGAAUCGCCUCAAAUCGAGAUUCCCAACAAUGAAAUAAUCUUACCAUCGAUGGCGCCGAAGAACAACGCGUCGCUAAUGGAGUCCGUCAACGAUAAUCAGUAUUCAAAUCUGUUUGAACCGGUAAUUAACGGUCCGUCGGGUUCUGCGCCGCAAACACCGGCCGCCUCUCCCAUCGCCGCCAUUGAACAGAACGUAAACAUGUCUAACGGAUCGAUGAAUCCCCAGAUGACUGUCCUCUCCUCUUUUGGUUCCAAUAAUAACACGUUUGACAACACGACUGUCGCCAGCGUUUCGGCCGAUAUGUUCAACCAAAUGGUUCCGGUGCUCAACAAUAACAACAACAACGAUAAUAAUAACGUGUCUCAAUCGGAGCAACCGCUGCCAGUGUUGAGCUUAGAUCCGGCACUUCAAGAGCAACUGUUGGACGCGAUUCCGCCGCCGAGCGUCAACUUCCCUCCCGGACCGGUGCCCACCGACGAGAAAGGCAUCCCAACAGCCCUUCCCGGAGAAUUUCCACUAAGUUUACUACCAGUUGAAGAAGAAAAAGUCGGUGGCAUUGAGUCGGCAUCUGUUCCUUUGGAUAAAAUCGAGGCAACCAUUAAUAUGAACUCAAAAUCCAUUCCCACGCUUACAGAUGCCAUAUCGCUGUCUCAAUCACAAGUCAAUCUAAUCAAGUCUCUGCCCCAACCCAUAUCAGCCCAACAGCCACUGUCCACACUUAGCAACAUCUCGCCCAACGCCGUCGCCAUCACCGUUACCGACGCCAUCGCCGCCAACAACUGCGGCUUAGAGACAGUCGCCGACCAACAGUUUGGUCAGUACGACAACAACAUCGGGAAUCAGAGUCAUAUGUCGAGUGGUUUGCCUCCACCGCCACCCCUACAGCCCGUUCAGAAUGUGAACCAAACAACGAUGUCGUCGAUGCCAGAGAUGAACACAUUAACUAAUUUGGUUCCUGUCGUCGAACCCACCGAUCCGUCGAUACAACAAACGUGUCGACAGGCUUUGUCUGUAGUCAUCAAAAGCGAACCCCAAUCGUACAGCGAAGCCAUCGAUGGCAACAACGGUUCCGACCUAUUGCUGGGUCUGUCGAAAGUGAAUGACGACAAUAAUAAUCCGAUUCUUAAUAACCUAAACCGCCAAAAGGGCUCGACAUCGGCGGUGACACGAGCGCCGACACUCGUCAACAAUCAAAUCCGAAGCUUUCCUCUGUGUGUCAUAUCGACGGCUCCGACACCUCUUAUGUCCAAAAGCAACGCAUCAAUUGUUACCCCGAAAUACGAGUUACCACUACCUCCGAAGAAGGCCCGGUUCGCCACCACCACGUCGUCUGGUUUAGUGUCACAUCAAUUAAUACAAUCGCACUCAUCAGCCAAGAUGUCGCCCUCAGCGCACGCAUCCGCUGCCGUUCCGUCCACUGGAAUGAUAUACGAUCUGCCGCUCCAUCAGACGCACCACUCAUCCAACCCGUCGACCACUUUUAGAGUACAAUCAGAUAUAACUCAUUCGUUUAAAGCACAGCACAAUAUGACUCCGCCGUUCACAACAGUGGCCCCGAUCUUACUCUCUGGUCUCAUGCCAUCCGUUUCGGUCGCAAUCGAUGGACCGCUUUCUCUGGUAAAGGAGGAGAAGAUGCGUCAAUUGAUAACGACGAACGCCCUCACCAGCCAUCCAGACUUUCCGGCCAUUUCAGGCCUCUUGUCAUUCAUCAAUCCGUAUCACAAGCCGACCACUGCUUCGGUGACCACAUGUAUGGAGACUCCGCUGUCGUUGAGCGUGAAGAACAGUCUGAGCGGAGCGCCGGUCACUGCGAAUCCAUUAAUUCAAAGUCACUCAUUGGUGACGCACGCGUCACACGUGCCUUCACUGACUCGUCCAUCACUACAUCACAAUCAAAGCAUAACGUCUGCCACGACUUUAGUGCCCACACCGCCCACCGCUGUACCCGUCUCUGUGGUCACGAGUGUUGUCGAUCACCAGAAUCGAGGCGUUCCUCAGCAGCAGAGAAUCAAAGCCAUCGCUCAGAACAGUAACAAACAUAGGCUUAAUGUCGAGCACAACACGACCGGAGCGACGGGAGUGAAGCUCCAAUUGGCGCCUCUGCUGUCCGGAGAUCCGGCCAAACCAUUUCAGUGCGCUCUUUGCGGCAAACACUUGGCCUCCAAGAAUGUCUAUCAACUGCAUCUGCGCUCGCAUUCGGGCGAAAAGCCAUUCACUUGUAAUUUAUGCGGUCAUUCGUUCUCACAGAAGACAUCACUCACACGCCAUAUGAGGUCACACACCGGCGAACGUCCCUUUCCCUGUCAGGUGUGCGGAAAGAGAUUUGCGGAUAAGGAGCGCAUCAAAAUCCAUAUGAGAACACAUACCGGCGAAAAGCCAUUCGCGUGUGACAUUUGUGGCAAACAAUUCUCUCAGAAAUCAACGGUCAAGCGUCACAUGUCUGUCCAUACGGGAGAAAAGCCAUUCAAAUGCGAGACAUGCGGUAAAGGGUUCGCAAAUCGGGGUAAUCUUACGGCACACACCAAAACCCAUUCAAACUCUUAACACUUGUUAUGAUUUGUUGUGAUUUUCUAUGUUUUUCCGAUUUAUUGAAAUGAAAUUAAG